UCAUAAUUUCGGUCGAACAACUAUGUAUCAAAUCUUAUUAAGCUACUAGUGUAAUAUAAUACUUAGUUGUAAAAAUAAUUUUAUUGCUAUUUUACAAUUACAAUGAAAAAUGUGCGAUAUUAAGUGUUGUGACGUAUGUUUAUGCUUUUCAAGCAGACCACAUUAUCUGUGCAGUGUUUGUUUUAGUAAUAAUAGUUUAACAGUGUUAAGGACGGUUAUAAUAUAGCAUCAUUUGUGAUACAUUGUUAUAAAUCGUUGAUCGAUUUUUUUGUUCUACAGUUGAUAUUAGAAUGUCAUAUUGUUAAGACACAAUUGUUAUGAGGAUCUAAUUUGAUAAACAAGUCUGCUUCAGUUUCAACGUCACUACUACAUCAUUAUUUUCCGCAGUAAUUUGAAAAUUUUAAAGAAGUCGUUGGAAUUGAAAUGUGCCUCACAAUGAAAAAACUAUAAAAAAUGUUUCAAAACGCGUCAAUGUUAAAUGUAUGAAAGGAUAAAGAUCUAUUUUUUUCAUUAUGAAUGGUACUUUUUGGAUUGAAUUGUGCACUUACCGCGGCGAAGGAAAUGCUAAUCUUAUUGUGGCUUCAUCCAAGGAACGUUCAGUCAUCCGUUUGAAAAAAUCGGCCACUGUUGUAAAUGAAACAGAAGAUUUGAAAAGAGCAGAAAAACGAUUGCGUCAAGAGGUAAAUUUCAUCAAGGGUACCGUUACUGGGUUUUUAGGAUUUUAUGUGGAUGUCCCAGAAAUCAUACUAUGCUCGGAGGUAGAAAUAAGAAGAUUGGCACAAAAGAUUCGAAGUUAUAGACCCGAAAAUCGGCUGGAAAAAGAUAUAAUCGGAGGUUAUGCUACAAAAUAUCCAGACUAUACUUUUUUAUCACACCAUCUUUCCAUUGCAAAAAACAAGCCAACCUAUUGUGUCGAAAUUAAGCCCAAACAAGGAUAUAUUUACAACAUUGAAAAUCAACUGCCUAAAUGUCAAUAUUGUCUAAUGCAGUAUUAUAAGGUUGAGAAACGCAACAUCGACAGUCCUAGCCAGUAUUGCCCGUUUGAUCUUUUCUCUGGAGAAGAAUUACGUAUGAAAAAAGCCUUAGAAUCUCUGAUGAAUGCCCCUCAAAACAAUUUUCGUUUAUUUAGGGGUGGUGAGUUGAUUAAUGAUAUGAAAGAAACAUCGAUUGAAAAAUUGUUAAGUAACUUUUUAAGCAACGAGGAUGAUUCAAGAAUGUUGCUGAUAAAAAUCAUGAUGGAAGCCCUCACAAGACCGUUCGAUUCCAAUAGUAAUCCUCCGAAACGUCGAUCAAUGAAUUUUGACGGAAUCCAGGUAGCCCGUUCAAUUGAUGUAAAUUUAUUGAAUAAAGCUAGAUCUUUGCUGCAACGUUCGAAUCAGAAAUGCCAAAUGAAAGAAAUUAGUCAAGAGGGGCUUAUCAAAAAAGGCUCAGUAUUAGAACGGAUUUAUAAAAUGCAGCAGCUUCAUGAUUGCCCUUCUGAUGUCAUAAUUGCCAUAUACAACGAAUUCAUUUUGUUUUUCGGCACCAAUGCAGAAGAACUCAUUCAUGAAGAUUUAGCGGAUCUUUCUAUUAUUUAUGCAAGUACUGACGAUAUUUUCCGAAGCAGAAAAAAACGCUUAGAGAAAUGGAUUGUUAAUCAGAAGAGUGCAAUCGGAUCGUCCGACAAAUUUAAACAAAUCUCUAAUAAUGAACCACUUAACGUCAACCAAAUCUUGGAAAAAAGUAUCAUUGGUUCUUUAUCUGUGAAUGAUUGUUUUGAUGUUUUGGGAAAUUAUCUUUUAUUCAGUCUGGCAAGAGAUUGUUCGAUAAUGAUGACCUUUCAAGAACUCGAUAAAGAAUCACUGGAACAUAUCGAUCCACUGCAUAUCAUUACCGCUUCUGAAUCAAAAACUUUUGUAUUUGAUGUUAAGGUUCUUGAUCUUGACUUAAAAAGUUUGUCGUGUGUAGAAAAACAUCUGUCUAAAAAAAUUGAUGUUCUGAAAAGUACCAUAUCAUACUUGGAAAAUCAACAAGUAUAA